AUGAUAGCAGAGCCACAUUCUUCAGUCCUGGAACCGACGGUUCGUUAUUCUUACAUGGGUGGCGUCUCUGAAUACUAUGCACCCGCCAUAUUGAUUUACCCUCUAAUUGUGGAAUACGACCAAUGGGGCGGGCACUUAGCUCCCUUAUUUAUAAGUUCUUUUAAUUCUGCGAUGAUGUUUGAAGAGAAUGGACCAGAUUCACAGGUACCUCGUCCACAGGAAAGGAAGUCUACUAGGAAAAGUCUCCGCAUUGAGGCUCCUUGUUCGGUUAACGACAUUUCAAGAGAGCAGUCAUUAACCAUAGAUACCAAUGACAAGAUGGAUGAUGAAACAGUUGAGAGGUACAAGAGUGAAUGCCAAAAGUGGGAUCAAUUGGUGAAGGACUAUGAAACGCGUCUGACAUCACUUAAUGAUGAUACUAACUUCCCAUCUAAGGAAUGGAUCAGUACAGAUCGUGUCACCCAGGAACAUUUAAAUCUAAUUUAUCCCGAAAAGUAUUUAGAUACUUACGAUUCCCUAGAGAGUUUGUCGAAUUCUCUUGUAGAUAUUAAUAACGAUAUAUUUUAUGAACUUGAGAAACUUUCUCGUCUAAUUCAAGAACAGUAUCUGUUCUUGAAAAGUUUUAGGAAGAAGUUAUGUUUGAAACAAAAAAUUUAUCAAGACAUGUACAACCUCUCCGAUUCCCCAACAUCUCUCUUAUCUGAAUUUCUUAACACAUAAAUCUGUCCUUUUUCAACUGCCAAAACUCUUCCAUUUUUGUCUCUUAGGAGUUUUCAUAUUAAUAAAGAUCAUUGCUGAGAGUUUGAAGUACAUAACACUGUACACAAUUAAAAUUCAGAAGCUUAUUACAGAUUUCUUAACUUAAUAUUGCAAAGUUUAUUAAUUCAUGGAGUUGCUUAAAUCGACUACAUCUAGCAAGUUGUUUCAGAACAUUGGAAAACAUUUGCAACAUAUGUCAGUCAAACAACAAUAUGGUUUAAUUCUUUAAUAUACUCAAAUAUACUUUUUUAAUGUAUUGUAAUCUGUCUUCACUGCACAUG